UACUUCAGUCGCACAGGCGGCGGUCUUAAUCUCUCUCCGAGCUCCAAGAAUUCCGAAGAAGCAAAAUGGUAGUGUCUUUGAGACUACCUUCUCUCUCCGCCUUGUUUUCCCCAGCCUCCACUACCACCACGAGUACUACCUUCUUCAGGCGAGCUCCGGUGACUCUCCGGCCGCAGCAACGCCUGUUCCAUUUGCCGCGGCUUGCUGCUGGCUACUCUGCGCAAAGUUCGUCCACCGAGACCGAAAUCCGUGCCGACAACUCCAAGAAUCGAGUUCCGGAAGGAGCUAUCACGCCUCGGUCAAAGGACUUCAAUGCUUGGUAUUUGGAUGUUAUUGCCAACGCUGAGCUAGCGGACUAUGGUCCUGUUCGAGGUACCAUGGUAAUUCGUCCCUAUGGCUACGCCAUAUGGGAAGCAAUUCAGGCAUAUUUAAAUGUUAAGUUCAAGGAGACGGGUCACGAUAACAUGUACUUUCCACAGUUUAUACCAUACUCAUUCAUUGAGAAAGAAGCUAGUCAUGUUGAGGGGUUCAGUCCAGAGUUAGCUCUUGUAACAAUUGGAGGUGGGAAAGAACUUGAAGAAAAGCUCGUGGUUCGACCGACGAGUGAAACCAUUGUGAAUCAUAUGUUUACUCAGUGGAUUCAUAGUUACCGCGAUCUACCUUUGAUGAUUAAUCAGUGGGCGAAUGUUACAAGAUGGGAGAUGCGCACAAAACCAUUUGUAAGAACUCUUGAAUUUCUUUGGCAGGAGGGUCAUACUGCUCAUGCCAAUCCGGAAGAGGCAGAAAAAGAGGCUAUUCAGAUGAUUGACAUAUAUACAAAAUUUGCUUAUGAGCAAGCGGCAAUGCCUGUUAUUCCUGGUCGAAAAUCGAAGGUGGAGACAUUUGCUGGUGCAGACAAAACCUAUACAAUUGAGGCCAUGAUGGGGGAUCGAAAAGCAUUGCAGGCAGGAACCAGCCACAACCUUGGGCAAAACUUUUCUCGUGCUUUUGGAACACAGUUUGCAGAUGAAAAUGGACAAAGGCAGCAUGUAUGGCAGACAUCAUGGGCAAUUAGUACACGUUUUGUUGGAGGAAUUAUUAUGACUCAUGGAGAUGAUGGAGGUUUAAUGCUUCCUCCCAAGCUUGCUCCAAUACAAGUGGUAAUCAUACCCAUCUGGAAGAAGGAUGAUGAUAGAGCAGAAGUUCUCAGCGCUUCAUCUUCUGUGAAAGAAAGUCUUCAAACUGCAGGGAUAAAGGUUAAACUUGAUGACUCAGAUCAGAGAACUCCGGGAUGGAAAUUCAAUUUCUGGGAGAUGAAGGGUGUUCCUCUGAGGAUUGAGAUUGGUCCUAGGGAUGUUUCAAGUCGAAGUGUAGUCAUAUCUAGGAGAGAUAUUCCUGGAAAGCAAGGGAAAGUUUUUGGAAUAUCAAUGGAACCUUCUAUUUUAGAAGCUUAUGUAAAAGACACGCUGGAUGAGAUCCAAUCAUCUCUUCUGCAACAAGCAAAAACUUUUCGUGACAGUAAUAUUGUGGAUGUGAGUUCAUAUAAUGAACUUAAAGAGGCAAUCUCCCAGGGAAAAUGGGCUAGGGGUCCUUGGUCAGCUAGCGACAAAGAUGAAUUGAGAGUUAAAGAAGAAACAGGGGCAACAAUUAGGUGCUUUCCUUUUGAACAGCCACAAGGACGUAAAACAUGCCUGAUGACUGGUAACGCUGCUGAGGACGUAGCCAUUUUUGCAAAGUCUUAUUGAGAUAUAAUUUGAAGGGAAGUAAGGAACUGCUUGAGACACCUAUUGUAGACGCAGGGUCGCUCCAAGUGAACCAAGUGACCUGCCUUCGGUAUGCCUCGAAAGGUUGCAUUGUCGCUGAGUUCCCUGCAAAUGCAUCAUCACAAGUACGUCUUGGGUUAAAUUUAAGAUCUCAUCUCAUAGGUAUGUAUGAUCCUGACUUCUCCCAUUUAUAUAUUUUGAUUAUGGGUGACGCAACUUAGACGUCUUCAUAGAGGAAUUAGAAUCCAUUUAACAUGA